ACACCAUUUUAACGUAUACUGUUGUACUGAUCGCAAGUCCGAAACUAUUCCUCCGUAUCAAGGAUUGUAUAAUUUAUGAACUAUGGCCCACCAACAUUUUAUCGUUUUUAUGUCCAAACAAAUUUGGAUCACGAUCGCGUGUAUUAUUUUCGGGUUAUCAAAGUUUUCUUCUAGUGAUAAACUGAGUAAUUUAGAAAGUUGUAAACUCGGGUUUUGUCCAAAUAAACCCGACGCAGUAGCACUUCAUUUCGCAUUAGUAGCAGAUCUAAAAGUUAAUGAAAGCGCUAUUAUAAAUAUAAUUAGCAACAGAACUGCCGAUGAUCUCGAAGCCAUUGCUGUCGUUUAUCAAUCUCGUUAUGGAGAAACUUUACUCAAUGAUUUGAGAGAUCAUUUAACAGGAAAAUUUGAAGAAUUAGUCGUUGCAUUACUAUCCAAAAGUACUGACUUCUUUGCCCAAGAGCUACAUCAUGCCCUGCGUGGAUCAAGAGAUGACGAAAAUCUGUUGAUUGAUAUUUUGCUUACUCAGAAUUACAAUAAAUUACAAGAAAUAAAACGUACCUAUGCAAUCCAUUAUCUAACAUCAUUAGAAGAAGACUUAGAAAAAUAUACUACAGGACAUUUCAGAUACUUAUUACAUGAACUUUUACGAACUAAAAGAUGUGAAAGUACAGAAAUAAAUUAUUCAACUUCAGAUGCAGAUGCUCGAAAACUUUACCAUGCAGUCACGGCACAGUAUGAAACCGCCAAUGUUUAUGAAUUCAUUAAUGUCACAACAUCUCGUAGUUAUUCUCAACUUCACCAAACUUUCAUUAGCUAUUAUUCUUUAUUCGGAGAAAAUAUUGAAACAACAAUAGUGACCAAUUACAGAGGUGACUUUGCACGUGCCCUUCUCGCCAUCGUGGAAUUCGCUAAAUCUAGAGAUAUAUAUAUAGCUAAACGACUUUACGAAAGUUUCAACGAUAAUAUCGAUCAUCGCAGUUUAAUUCGUUUAAUGAUCAUCAGUAAAGAUAUUGGCAAUAAUUACGUUAGAGAAGCUGUUCAACAACGAAAUCAUGUUGCUCUUGAAUAUUUUAUCAGUCAAAAAACAUAUGGAAGUUAUCAACAAUUACUUUUGGCUCUGCUGUUUGCAUAAAUGUAAGUAUAUAUAUCAGAAAAAAAAGAAAAAAAAAAACAAGAAUAAUUCACACUUGCUAAAUUAUAAUACUGUUGAGCCUAUAUUUAGAAAAUGGAAAGUAAAAAAUAAAUAAUAUUUUAUAACAAAUGUAUAAAUAAAUAAAUUUUAUUAUUAAAUUAA